CCUCUUGACGACUGCGACGUCUUUUGUCCUGAAGCAUCAGAGUCACCAUGCGGUCCCUUGUACGAUCGGCCGCGCGGCCCUACGUCUGCCCGUCCUGUCAAUUAGGCGGUUUACCCGCUCGCCGGAGGUUCGCAUCUCACUCUACGCCGACUAGUGCAUCGCCCGAGAUCUACGAUGUCGUUUGUGUCGGCGGUGGUCCUGCAGGCCUAGGCCUGCUUGCAGCUCUGCGAGCGUCUUCCGCUACCUCCAAGCUCAAGGUCGCCCUUGUGGAGACCCAAGACCUGCAGAAAGCCCGCUCGUGGUCUCUCGAUGCACGGCACUACUCCAACCGCGUCAGCAGCCUUACGCCCUCCUCCGUUUCCUUCCUCCAAAGAAUCGGCGUCUGGGACCAUGUCGACACGGCUCGCGCUCAGCCUUACCAAGAAAUGCAGGUCUGGGAUGGGGAGACCGGCUCGCGAAUCACCUUCGACUGGUCCAUGGAGUCCUCGCCCUUCGAGGACAUGCGCACCGUCGCAACCAUGACCGAGAACUCCAACCUCGUGCGCGCCCUCCUCUCGCGCAUCGCUGAGUCCGGAGACGAAAAUCUCUCCAUCUUCUCAAACACCACCGUCUCUUCCAUCUCCAAUGGCUCCGAAAUCCCCGACGGACCCGAUCUCUCCGCCUGGCCCAUCCUCUCCCUCGCUCCGACAAACUCCUCUACUUCACAGCCACCCAAGCAGAUCGCAGCUCGCCUCCUCGUGGGUGCGGAUGGUAUCAACAGUCCCGUACGGCGCUUCGCCGACAUCUCCACCUCAGGCUGGGACUACGACCGACACGGCGUCGUCGCCACGCUUUCGCUGUCUGACCUGGACCCCGUGCACUACUCCGCCAGCAUUAAGACAGCCUACCAGCGCUUCCUCCCCGCGCUCGGCGGUCCCAUCGCCCUUCUCCCCCUCCCCAACAACAACGCCAGCCUCGUCUGGUCGACCACCCCCGCCAAUGCCGCCUACCUUAAAGCCCUGCCCCCGCGCGCCUUUAUCGCCAUGGUCAACGCCGCCUUCCGCCUCUCCAUGACCGACCUGAACUACAUGCUUCGCAUGGAACGCCCCGCAUCACCCACUACCGCCUCAUCCCCCGCCCUCGACCCCCACGAAGACGAACUCACCUGGCGAGUGCAGCACACCCCGCAGCCCCGCAAACCCAGCCAGCUGCCACCCCUCGUGACCGGCGUGCAGGAAGGCACCGUCGCCUCCUUUCCGCUCCGCUUCCGCCACGCCUCCACCUACGUCUCGCCGCGCAUCGCCCUGGUUGGCGACGCCGCCCACGUUAUCCACCCACUCGCCGGCCAGGGCUUGAACCUAGGCCUCGGCGACGUGGCCGCUCUGGCCGAGACGGUCGCAUACGCAGCCACCCACGGCAUGGACCUCGGCGACAUCCUGACCCUAGAGCGGUAUGCCGGGGAGCGCUUCGCGACCAACGCCAAGAUCGGCGGUGCCUGCGACGUCCUGCACAAGCUGUACAACGUUCCCGGCAAUGGGCCUGUGGCGUGGGCGCGGAGUUUUGGCUUGGAUGUGAUCGAUUCGGUGCCGUUUGUGAAGGGGUUGUUGAUGAGGGGAGCGCAAUGAUCUAUAUAAAUAAAACCAGGGUGGUUUGGGUUUUCAGCCUCCGCUUUUUUCUCUUUCGCGUGUAUAAAUAACUAACUAUCUUUCCACUAUAUAACCGGUUUAGCAGGUUGUAC